AUGGUAGAGAUUCACGGCCUUUUCAAUAGCCUGCUGGUGGUCAGCUGCGGCUGCGCACUGUACACCUUUGAUCCGGUAAGGACCCCGUAUGCCUACGGGGCGGCGGUCCUGUGUCUGUUCCACGGACUGCUGGGCGUGCUGCGUGCCGCUUUCAACGCUGACGACGACUGCAAUCGCCUGAGUGUGAUCUCAGCGGGAGUCAUGGAGAUUGCUCCGCUGAACCUGGUCAGCAUCGAACUGCACCUGAAGUCAUCGCAUCCCACCCUGGCAGUGGCCCACAGCUACUUUAUGGUGCCCCUCGCCUUGGACAUGAUGGCCAAAAUGAGCGGUACCAAGGACGUCUUCACGGAUAAGCUCAAGCAGCUCACAGUCCUGGCAAACCUGGCUUCACUGCUCUACCUGGCCAUCGAUUCGUCGAACAAUAUUUACGAAGCCAGCUAUGGCCUUUGCUGCCCACUUGAUACUCGAGGCCCACUGGAAAGAUCGGCCCUGGGCCAGGGACAGGGACAGGGACGGCCACUGGCACCCAAGCCAAAGCGCGUCAUUAGGCGAAAUGAUCGGAAAUAUCAGUGCAACAGUAUAACCGUUACGCUGCUGUGGCAGCAGCCACAAUGA